AUGAGCCCAAAUAUCUUCGAAGAGAUUGUUGACGAGUUGCAGCCUUUCAUUCGAGAGAUUGGCUACAACAAUGAUGAAGAGGCCCUCAAGGCUUUGCAAGCCAAGCUCCAGGAAAACAACUUCCAGUCAUGGCUCAAAGUAUUUUACGCACAGGGAGCCGCUUCGUGGUACCAAUGCUAUUCCUAUGAAGCCGGGGCAGGGAAGAACAGGCACCUUCGGCAACUGGCCCACAUGCCUGUUGAAAGUGGUAACACCCUGCUGAAUGUUUUGGUGCAGAAGAAUUUCCCGCAGUGUGCGCGAUGGCUUCUUGAGAACUAUUCCAAUUCUGCCCAAGUUGACAAGUGGCUGGUGCUCGCAGAUGUUACUUGGAAAAGCGGGGAACGCAAGAGAACUGCACUCCACACGGCCUGCAUGCAUGGCCACCUCGAGUCUUUGGAAGUGCUCCUGGAACACCUUUCCAAGCGGAUGGAUUUCGUGAAGCUUUUGGAGGAGCCAAAUCAGGAGCAGCAUAGUUGCCUUCAGCUUUUGGUCGAUCGCCAGUUUCACAGCUGCAUCGAAUUGGUACAGAGUCAUGGCAAGCUGCUUGAUAUGGAGAUUCUAAUGCCAGCGCCUUCCCCAAGAUCAGACCUCGAGAUUCAUUUCGUUGAAAAGGAAGAAGAGAGCAACGAGACAGGUCCAAUUGUUAAGCUUCGGGUUGCUCAAGGUCAAUCACAGCUGGAGGUGCUGUUCGAGUACCUGAAAGCAGUGGAGCCGGCUGCCACGAGGCUGCACAUCCCGAAGAUAGAUGAUCCGCAGCACAUGGACGCUGGAAUUGUCGAUUCGAUGUUUGAGCAGUUUGCACGAUUCCAAACGGUGGACAUACACGGCUUUGUCCAUCCUGAUGUCUACAGAUUCAUGUUGGACUCGCUGUUUGCCUUGGGCAAGAGGCUGGUCUGGAAGCCAAUUCGCCUUCAAGAAGUCGCACUCUUUGUGCGUCCAGUUGAAAUAGAAGGCAUGGAAAGCCUUUUCAAGAAAAGGAUCGACAGCAUUGCGCAGCAGAUCAUUGCAUUGAUGGUUGUGCAAAAAACAUGGAAGGUGCGUUUGACUAAUAUACAUUUUGCAGACCCAGAGUUGCGAAGACUGCUUCACAGAUUGAAGUGGAUCACGGAAAUUGUGAUGUUUGUCACUACGGAUGCAGUCUGGUCCCGUGCAGCUGAGCAGACAGAAAGAGGGGAAUUAUUUGUCGACAAUCCGUUCAACAAGGGGCUCUUACAGAUCUGCGAUAUUGCUUUGGGCCGCAACAUGAAGCACCUCCGUCAUUGCUCCGACCUGGCCAGUGCGUUGUCCGAGGACUUUUGGGAGUUUGUAGAGAACUUUCUUGACACAUGGUCUCAGCUCGUUGAGGCCUUUGCCAGGCAAGCAGCGGUGAUUGAUUGUGCAGACAAGCGCCUCAAACUGCUUUUCCAGAACCUUGACCAUGCAAGCGCCGCCAUUCUGCAUACGCUGUUGUCUUUGGACGAACAUUUGGAUGCGGGAAAGCCGGAAGGUGCCAGGAAGGGAGCGCAGCGUGCCAUGGAGUACCUGCGAAGACUCCAAGCCUGCGAGGAAGCCCUUGCCUGUAAACUCUUCCAAAUGCGAAGUUGCAUUUCCCAUGCGUGGUCAUGGAAUUCAAGCACCAGUUUGAACUGUUGA